AUCGAUGAACGGCCGGGUGCUGAGCGUGUGUGAGAGCUGAGGCCGGACGCCCCGACGAUGCUCCAGCCGCAGAGGGCGUACUGACAGACCCCCUAGUUUACGAGCAGGAUAAAGUUCCGCUAGCUGGAGUUUUUAUAUACAUAUUUUUUUGGUUUUCAUCGUUUGGCAGCUGCUAUUUCGAAUACCUGACGUCCCAACGAGAGAUGCAGUCUCAAGGAAGCACUUCUACUCCACCCUCCUUUGAUUCCCUGAGCUCCAGCGAUAGCCUCGUGUUCAGCGACUCAGAGCAGGCGGAGGAUGACACAGACAUCUUUUUGACAGACAGCUCUCCCUCCAUCCUCAUCGAUGGCACGUGCAAGCCAUCGGCCAAGAAAGAAGUGGAAUCGGAGAGCCCCAGGUCCCAGUGGACGUGUGACAGCCUCACGGAUAAAGAGGAUGAAGAGGAGAGGUACAGGUCAGAGAGGGAAGGCAAAACCGCCAGAGUCGCCCUGGCCGGGACAGAUUCUACGACCCAGACUCCAAAAUCAGAGGGAGAUCUGUUGUUUGCUAAAAAGUGUGCUGAGCUGCAAGGUUUUGUGAGGCCCCUGCUCGAGCUGCUGAAUGGACUGAAGAAGGGCCGAUUCGACCAGGGUAAGCAUCCUUACAUCACUGCCUCCAGCAAGCAUGUGUGCACAGGUUUAAGCAGUUUCCAGCAGAGCAUUGCCAUGGAUCGCAUCCAGAGGAUCGUUGGGGUUUUGCAGAGACCUAACUGCGGAGAGAAGUACCUGAACACUCUGCUCCAGGUGGAGGUGAUGCUAAAGCUUUGGUUUCCACAAGUCUCUACUCAGCCUGUGUCCACAGCCCCAGGCCACGCCAUAUCCCCCACCUGCUCCCUCUGGGACUCUUCCAGCUCCACCCCUCCACACAAACACAGGGAUCAGUUACAUAUUCCCGUCAAGAAGCGCAGGCUCAGCUGGACCAGUACGGACUCCCCAGCGCACUCCCCCGUACCUGUCAAGUGGCCCCGCAGCACCGAAGAGAGCAGGCAUGAUCAGGAUGAAGGGGACUGCCCUCCCUGUUCUCCAUCGCUGGCCUCUGAUACCAGCCAACAUUCAAGAAACACAAGUGACAGCCAGCUGAAAGAUGAGGUGAAAGGAAAAGAAAGGAAGGAACCCAGUAAGCUAUCAAGCUACCAUGCGGGGCAAAGCUCUGAGCCAAGUUUGACGUGGGUGCACGUCGCUCCCAUCCUGUCCCCAGGGAAAGCUUGCAUUGUCAGCAAAGGGGCGGCAGUGGUGGGUAACGAUGAAUACAUCGUCCCAACAACCAGGAGGAACAAUCCAGCAACACAAGACAGCUCCGUCACGUCCACCACAACCUCCAAGCUCCCCAAGAAUCAAAAGAAGCCACUCAGGUGUCAAAGCCAGCAGGUUGUCGGACAACAGGGCAAACAAGAGACCACUGAGACCUGUCAGGGUCAAAGCCAGCUUCCACUGGUCACAAUUCAGCCUUUGCCCAGAGCGUGCCCCACCACCUCAGAAAAGGCAACGAGCCAGCAGCCCUGCUUUUCCUGAAUGCUGCUUUGACACGAGGAACCAUGUUUGAUUAUGAAUGAAUUUAAAAAAGAAAGUAAAAAUUAGUUUGUGAUAUAUAUAGUGGAUCAGACUUGAGCCUUUAUCAGAGCGCAGGUGAAACAAAUCUAAUGAAAAGGAUCUGAUACGUUUCAGCUAAUCAAAUGUAUCAAAGAACAGAAAUCGAAGUUAUAUAAUAACCCAGACACUGCACAAAAGUGGGUUUUUCUGAAGGGUAAAGGCGACGGGUUAGCUUCAGGGGAAUGGGUAUAAUGGAGCUCCUCCCAGCAUGAAAGCUAACAGUUCAUUCAGACGGCUUUUCCAGCUUAACUCUACGGCCAGAGUAUACUUGCUUCCUAGCCUCAUGCUUUUAUAGACAACUGGCUCCAAUGUCAAGUCCGGUAGCCACAGGUUUUUCUGUUUAUCGAGUCAGAUCGCACAAACCCGUUGCAACAUUUUUGCAACAUUCAGAUUAAAAAGGAAGUUAUGACCGAAAAGGGAACAGCUGCAGCAUGGGCCAUUUUUGGAUUUCUGUUCACAUUUGCCCCUAUGCUGCCUCUCCUGGACACUUCCAUAUUGCACCUCUUGCACACAGCAUUAAUUCCUGAAGACGUGCACAACCGACAUGCAGGGUUUUAUAAGCAAGUAUACGUUUGGCCUCAAUGAGUGAACUUUCAGAUACACUGAAAAUAGGCUAAUCUGAUGUCAGUGUUAAAAUGGAAGCUUCCAAUAUUUGAUUCAGUCCAGAGUGAACUGACUCUUGUCUUAUGGCGGAGUUCGUGUUUGACAUUCACCUGUAGAUAGAAGCGAGGCAUCCAGUGAAAGAAAAAAAGUGACACCCAAGUCUUUGGGAAGCUUGUGAUGCGUCAGACGUCGGAGAUGGGACGGGGUGGUGAUGAUGUCGCAACUCAUGAAUGUAAUCCAAGAAAUCUCUGGACGCUUGCCUGGCAGAUCAGCGGCACUGAGGGGAGGGGACAUCGCGCCGAUCAGACCUAACAAAACUUUACUGUCGCACUGCAGAUCAGACUUUUACUCCCGGUCUCCCGACUGCAAACUGAAAGACAAUCAGGGUCAAGAAAAUUCUGAGGGAGAUGAGGCCGGUCACAGGGGAAAAAAACGAGGACCACUAAGAUACGACUCUGGAGUCACCAGUUAAUUUAUUCACGUGUUGAUCUGAUGCUGCAGCUAUUUAUUGUUUGUAUUUAUUUAUUGGGCAGCUGACUACCGCCUGCUGUGCACUUGCAUAGUUUGGCGUACAGUUUGUUUUCAUUUUUGGGUAGGGAAGAUGCUGUUGACAUUUAAUUUGUGUGUUUUUUUUUGUUUUUUUUUACAAUCACAAGGAGGAAAAACAAAAUGAGAAGAUGAAGUGUAUUGUAUGAACAAUUGGACUACUGUGCCUUUUACCAAAUAGGAUGUGUUCAGAAGAAUAUUUGGUGCUUUGAGUGCAUUCAUACCUGUGUUUUGGUUGUUUACAUUUCACAAAACCAGUACACAUUCAAUAUGGAAAGCCUACAUGUAGUCUUAAUCAUCUUCUUCUCAGAUACACACGACAUCAAAAUCAACAUGUUGUCAGCUCUCUGCUGCUUAAAAACCUUUGUCCAGCUCCAGAAUCCUGACUUCUACUGUUUCCCGCACUACCCACAUUUGAAAACAACAGUGGCUUCUACUUCUUCUUGAAUUUUGAGUGUAAGCUUCUAUUUUGGGCUUUUUCUUUUUGCUCUUAUCAGUGAAAGAACAGACUGAACUUCAAGUGAAACUGGUGCUUUUUAAAAACUUGAAAACAAAAAGGAAGAAAAGAACCAGAAGACAUAACCAUUAAGGAGGACAUUUAUUUGUGCCAGCCUCCAGUGCUGCUACUGUUAUUCUGAUUCCAGCUCUAAUGUGGAGGGUUAAUGGAGAGCCCUCUCUUUAUUUGGAAAGAAUCCUCACAGUAUUUUAACAAUUCAUGUAAUUAUUGUGGGGGUUUUAAUACUUGGUGAUUUGAUUGACUUGUACAUCAAAACUUAUAUUAUUAUAUAAAUAUAUUUUAAAAAAUCUUACUGGUAUUAAUAGACCAUCCUCUAUUUGAGAGUGGGCAUCCAUAUACCAGUCAAUCCCAAAAAAACACCACAUGUGAACACAGAGGAACUGGCAGCCAUCCUGUUACCUCCCUUGUUUUUUGGAGUAGGGAAUGUACGAACCCCUCCAUCACAGAUCCAGAUGCUGACUCUGGAUCGGAGGCUAGGGUUGUCUUCCACCAUGCUCUCUUUUUUAAGUGGUGAACGGUUGAGGGAUGACAGACGAACCAAUUGCACUUAUUUUAUUUCCAGUCGUUUAUGCUCUUGUAUUCCACGUUGGAUUUCUACUGCAGUGGCCGCUGAAUGGUCACGAAUAAUGAUGUCUUGUUUAUUUUAGUUUCCUUCUUAUUGCGUAGCAGAAGCUGGCUGUGAAAGCCCCCAAGCCCCCCACCCCACCCCCGUUUGG